GGAGCGCGCGUGCGCAUACCCUUGGGCGGGCUCUGUCCGCUGAGGGCGGUGGCAAGGCGCUGGUGAAGGCGGCUGCAGCGGCGGCGAGUGGGGGCGUUUUUCCCCCCUCUGCGUCCCAGCCUCCCUGACCCUGGUGGGGAUCUAACACCACCAAGCUUCGGGAGAAGGGGUGGAGGAAGCGGUUUCACUAUUUCGAGGCCAGGUUGCUCUUUGAUACAGUCGGCAGAAAACAUGAGUUUUUCUGGGCAACAAUCCCUGUUCUUCAUCAGCCUUCCAGACCUCCAAAAGCUUUAUGCUGUCAAGGUAAUACUAAGUAAUCAAGUGGCAGAAAUUAGAAGUGUACAGAUGAAGAUGUGCAGGCAAUUGCUGCUUAUGCAUCAAGAGCUUCUUACAUCACCUGUUCCUGGAAUAUUAAAUCAGAUCUGGGUAGUGAUGGCGAUACCAUUUUACAAAUCAGGAAAACUUCAGGCUUACACAGAAAAACAUGGAGCUAAGGUGGUGACUCCUCAAAAAGUAGUUCCUGCCAUUCUUCAAACCUGUCUUUCCUAUUCAGUGACAGCCAGACUUUCUCCGUCAUGGAAUAAAGCUGGUCAUUUACUAAUUCAAGGGAGAGAUUUUCUUUCUCAAACGGGAAAGCAAAGUGCUGUUGUUCUGGACAUCAAUGUAACAGAAUCGCAACUUUGCCUCAGUAUAGAAGUUUGUACAAUUAGACUACCGCCACCCCAGCUUAAUGACUUUGACAUUUCUGAAAAUAUAUUAAAGAAUUUUGAUGGCAACAAGCAUGCCAUUAUCGAGGGGCACUCCAUUUUAAGCAACUGGUGCUAUGUCUUGCCAAGCAUGAAAAUGGGACAGAUAACAAAUAUUCUUCAUACUGUUCCACCUGAUUGUCCUUUUCGGUCACAUGAAGAUUUUCAGAUGCACUGGGAUAGUUUGUAUGGAUACAACCUCCCAGAGGAUUGUGGAAAGAUGGAAAUUUACUUCACUGUCUACUUCAAAUUGAUAGGAGAAAAGCUUUUCACGUACCCUAUUAAUUGCAUCAGAAGCCAACCUGUACAGUUUUUUCCAAGGGUUGAUAUGGAAAAUGUGUUGAAAAGCUUUCUUCUUGAUCUGAAAUCCAAAUUCCCUCAUAUAUGUGGCUUUCCAAUAAAGAUGACAAGUAAGCCAUACUACUAUACUCAAGACCUCAUCAAGCCUUCUUUACGGGGAAACAAAGUCAAGACUCCUAAUCUGACUACCAAAAAAAUAUUUAGUCCUCUGACUCAGAUCCCUUCCAUAAAACCUACCUUGGUUCAGAGUCCAUUUUCAGCUACUAUGGAAUUUGACCACAAGAUGGAGCUUUUAGCCAACCAGCCAAAGCCAAGUAUUUUUUCAAGUCUUAAUCUGCAGCCAGACUAUGAGAAUAAAGGCACAUGUGAUGAGGAGUCACAGCUAUCUUUUGAAGCAUCCAGAUACAAAAGCAGGAACAUUCAAGUUCAAGAUGUAAUUCCUGAUAACCAAAAUAAAAGUACCACUAAAAUAAUACCAAUUUUUAAAAGUAGACUGAUUCAAAUGAAUGAAAAUAUCUCAAAGCCUGUUAAUCAGAAGAAAAAGCAGCAUAUUGGUACAGAAUCAAAGAUAUUUGCACAUAAAUCUUGUGUGACCCAAGUUAACAAAUUGAAUUUGGGACAGUCUGAGAAAAAAAGAACUAAAAAUAAUACAUCUGCAACACAAAUUCUAAAUGCAAAUCCUAAGAGUUUUAUACCUCCACAAGACCUAUAUACAAAGUCAAAUUUUUAUCUGCCUAAGUGUACAUCAUCACAUGUAAGUUUGAGUGGACACAAGCUCCAGUUUCCUGGUGAUUCAGUAUUUCACUUGUCAGAUAACAACUCAAAUUCAAUUAGAAAUGUUAUGAAAAUCCAAAAGAAAGAAAAUUUAGCAAGUCAGCAUCCCAUACAAGUUUUGGGGAAUAGCCAUGAGUUACUACAAAAGAAAAGACAAUUAUACAUUUUUGAAUCAGACACAGAAACAGAAGAAUCCCUGCUACCACAACAACAAUCAGUGAAUCCAACUAAAGAAGUGGAUUUAAAUAUUUGCCGAUUAGUAUCAACUAGGCAAGCCACUAAAUCAAAAAGGAAAUCCCACCAAAAAUCUCCCGAAAAUUUAAAAAACAGCAAUAUUGCCAUUCAUCAUGGACCAUUCAACUCCUCGGCUCAUCAGGGAAAAGGAUUAAGUAAAUCAAAACCUAAGAAAUCCCAGAUUAUUCCAAAUAUUUAGAAUAUGGAGCUGGAAGAGCAUCAAAAUAUCCACCAGCCUUAUUUCACACUGCCUAUCAUUGCUGCUGUUCUGCCAGACUGAAUAUUCAUUACCUGCCAGAUAUUCAACAUCUGAAUUUGAAGACUGGUUCUGCCAUUCACUACCUGUGUCAGUGUGGACAAAUCACUUUUCUCUCUAGGAAUCCAUUUCCUCAUCUAUAAAAUAAAAUAAAAUAAUUUAGAUUAAAUAGCUCAAAAGCCCAUUAUUUUUACUGGAUUUGUAAUUUCAUUGGUGUAAGGAAAUUCCUAGUGAGUAAGCACUCAAUCUGAAUGUCCAUGGGGAAAAAUAAUCCUGCCUGUCCUCAAAAUAUAUGGCAUUUCAUCCAUGAUGCCUUCACAGUAAUCUUCUGAGUUAUAAUUCUCUCCUUCUUGAAUUUUGAAUGGCACUUAAUUUUCUUUAUACUUAUAGAUCAUAACAUCUUAGGAUUAGAAAGGAUCCUUGAGAUCAUAUAGUUCAACCCCUUUAUUUUCCAGAAGAAAAUGGUUAAGUGAAUUGCUUAGACCUACAUAGCUAAGUAUCAGAAUCUGAAUUUGAACCCAUGUUGUUUGUCUUCAUAGCCAAUUUUCUGCACUAAUUGUGCGUGGUUUUUAUUUGUAAGGUUUUGUGCAUGUUUGUAUUAUAUUUUCCACUAGAUUGUAAACUUUAUGAGAUUUGUGAUCUGUUUUAUUUAAUCUCUCCCUCUCUUUCAGCAUAUAGUUAACUUAGUCCUCUUUACAUAUACAAUGUUUAAUAAAAAUUUUUUUGAAAUUGUGUUAUCUAAUUUGCUGUCC